AUGAUCUUCGCCAUUGAAGAAAUAAACAACAGAACUGACCUGCUCCCUGGGAUCAGUCACUUUUCAACAUGUGCAUGUCUGAGCAACAGAAAAGAGUUCCCCUCAUUCUUCAGAACCAUUCCCAGUGACUAUUACCAGAGCAGAGCACUGGCUCAGCUGGUGAAGCACUUUGGCUGGACCUGGAUUGGAGCCGUGAGGAGUGACAGUGACUAUGGCAACAACGGAAUGGCUACAUUUAUAGAAACUGCUCAAAAGGAAGGGAUCUGCAUUGAGUAUUCUGAGAAAUUUCACAGGCCUGAACAAGAGAAAUUACAGAAGGUUGUUGAUGUUAUCAGAAGAGGUACUGCAAAGGUAAUUGUAGCAUUCCUUGGUCAAGGUGAAAUGAGCAAAUUACUGGAGCAGCUGACCUUUCAGAAUAUUACUGGCCUUCAAAUGGUUGGCAGUGAAGGCUGGAUAACAGCAAGCACUUUUGUGACACCUACGAGUUUCAGAAUGCUGGGAGGAUCUCUUGGCUUUGCUGUCACCAGAGGGAAAAAAAAUGGCUUCAAAGAAUUUAUAUUCAAACUUCACCCAUCACAUUAUCCAAACAAUACUGCUGUUACAGACUUUUGGGAAACUGCUUUUCAGUGUUAUCUAAGAAAUAGAGACGACAAGCCUCAUACUGCCCCAUGCACCGGAUCUGAGAGCUUGAAUGAACUGGAAAAUGAUUACACUGAUGUGUCAGAGCUAAGAAUCCCCAGCAAUGUUUAUAAGGCAGUGUACGCUGUUGCUCAUUCUCUUCAUGACCUGCUGGCCUGUACACCCCAUGAGGGCUGCACAAACAGUGUGAAACCAAAACCCUGGCAGGUACUUAGGGCUCUGAAAAAUGUCAAUUUCACUUUGGGAACUGGGGAGCAUGUCUCCUUUGACGAUAAUGGGGACCCAAUAGCCAGAUAUGAGGUGGUGAACUGGCAGCUUUCUCCUGACGGUGCUGUAGAGUUUAGAGUGGUUGGCUAUUAUGAUGCUUCUUUACCAUCUGGUCAGCAGUUUGUGAUGAGUCCUGUUAGUAUGGUUUGGGCAGGUGGGCAAAAAGAGAAACCCAGGUCAGUGUGCAGUGAGAGCUGUCCUCCAGGCACCCGGAAGGCUGUUCAGAGAGGAAGGCCAGUCUGCUGCUAUGACUGUGUGCCCUGUGCUGAGGGAGAAAUCAGCAAUGCUACAGCCCUCUGA